UUCCCGUCAGGGUGCGGGUGUGAAGCCGCUCGGAUGCCUGCUGACGUCGCCCCCCCGUCUGCUCUCGAGGUCGUCGUCUUCCUCGGUAAAACCUUCGGCGCAUGCGCGGCACUGACAGCUGCUGUCUACUCACUCCGCAAAGUCUGUUCAAUAAUGGCCUGGAAAUCCGGAGGAGCCAGCCACGCUGAGCUGGUCAACAACCUCCGCAAAAAUGGCAUUAUUAAAUCCGACAAGGUGUAUGAAGUCAUGUUGACCACAGACCGAGCACAUUUCUCCAGAUGUAACCCUUACAUGGACUCACCGCAGUCGAUAGGCUAUCAAGCGACCAUCAGCGCCCCACAUAUGCACGCCUAUGCACUGGAGCUUUUACACGAUCAACUGUAUGAAGGAGCUAAAGCUCUGGACGUCGGCUCUGGCAGUGGAAUCCUGUCUGUUUGCUUCGCACGAAUGGUAGGUCCAAAAGGGAAAGUUAUAGGAAUUGAUCACAUUAAGGAGCUGGUAGAUGAUUCUAUAAACAAUGUGACGAAGGAUGAUCCCAGUUUGAUAACAUCGGGCCGAAUCCACCUAAUAGUGGGAGAUGGGCGACUGGGCUUCCCAGAGGAGGCACCGUAUGACGCCAUCCAUGUUGGUGCUGCUGCGCCCAACGUUCCUCAAGCUCUUUUGGACCAGCUUAAGCCCGGUGGCCGACUGAUCCUGCCCGUUGGCCCGGCGGGAGGAAAUCAGAUGCUGGAGCAGUACGAUAAAAUGGAGGAUGGCAGCACCAAAAUGAAGCCCUUGAUGGGGGUGAUUUAUGUGCCUUUAACAGACAGAGAGAAGCAGUGGUCCAGGUGGAAGUGACUUCUUUCUCCCCCUCCUCCCCCUCUCUCCUUCUCACAGUGGCAAAGGGAUGAACUUUGAAGAAGAAGACAGUCCAUAAUCCACCUUUUAAGUUUCAACCUGGAGAACACUUGGAUGGAGUCAGACAGCUCUUGACAUUUUGUUUAAGGCAUAGUCAAACAUGCUCUUUUUGUUUAAGUCUAAUGGACUAGAGUAUUACACUGAUGAUGGCCCUGGCAGGGCUGCAAAGAAAGACUGUUUGAAGCUCCACAGAAAUAUUUGAGAUGGAUUUUUUUUUUUUUUUCAGGCCUGCAUCUUUUUGGUUGUGUUCUUUAUAACCUCCAGAUUUUAGUUUUUUUUUUUUUUUUUUUUGGCUUUUGUGGUUUUACCAUUUGAAUUGCAGUUAGACAUUUUACAGCGUUGCAUUUCAGCAGGAUCAAAGCUGAAUGUAGGAGGAAUGCAGAGCAACAAAGAACAAUGCCUGAGCCUUUAGACAAUUCACUUAGCUACAGUGUGUGUGUGUGUGGAUCAUCUAACUGUAGACUUUUCUGCUAGAAUAUGAGCUUUUUCCCCCUCCCUGACAUCAGUUUUAGGAAAACACAACACAAAGACAGGGCAACACAAUGGCUUAUGUAAACCACAACCUGUUUGAUGUGCAGCACUCAUAAGUCACACAUUAAAUACAUGUUUGAUCAUAUGGAAAAUUUUCUAAAGACCGCAGAGCACUUAAUACCACUGGCACUGAUGCACAUGCAAGGCUGUGCUUUCCACCGGGUGAUGUGUUGCUUUCUGCCGCUGGUUUCCAUUUAAAACUUGUGCAGGCUGCUCUGGUGACUGACACUACAUGGGACAGUCACUGCUUUGCCAAAAUAAACUCCAACAAUAUAAAGGAAACGAAUGUCUCUUUUCUCGAGGUGGGUAAAUUACGUAAUGUGAUGAAAUUGUAUUUUUUGGGUGAUCUGAAUGAUGGCUGAAAUCUAGCUUUCACAGAAUCUGGAACGGCAUAUAAAAAUAAAGAGAUGCUUAUGUUUG